AAGAAGCUGGUGAUUUCCAAUAAAUACACCUCAGCAUCUCCGCAUCUCUCCGUGGAAUCUAUUAUUUUUUUUCCCCUUUCUACACAGAGAGGCUACUUUUAUUUGAUUACGAUAUAAUUCUUUUGGCGGUUAAUUAAUUUGGCUCAUAAUUCCGAGCCCACUUCUAGUUAUAGCCGCUGGGAAGAUACUUGUAUCGAUUCAUUCAAGUAGUCAUAUACAUACAGGAGAGAGUGAUAUAAAUACAUCUGAACCACCGCAUUUCUUGGGUGUGAAUUGUGGGCUUUGCUAAUUCCUGUUUUUAGUUGGUGUUUGAACAGAAAAUGGUUGAGAAUCAAGGGAAUUCUGAGGAAAUGAAAUCUCCUCGUAUAUCAGAUGUGGAUCCGAGGGGGUGUUCAUCAAAGGAAGGGAAAGGGAAGCGAUUGUGGAAGAAGGUGAAGUUCCAGUUGGUGGAGUACCAUUCGUUGCCUGGAUAUUUGAAGGACAACGAGUAUAUUCUCCGUCAUUAUAGAUCUGAAUGGCCAUUGAGGCAGACCUUGCUCAGCAUUUUCACUCUUCACAAUGAGACCCUCAAUGUUUGGACGCAUUUGUUAGGGUUCUUCCUGUUCCUUUGUUUGACCAUUUACACUGCUACGAAGGCUCCAAAGGUGGUGGACCUCCAUACCCUACAAAAUUUACCUGAGGUGUUGAGGAAUGUGGAUUUUCACAAAUUGCAGAUGGAACUUAGAACUUGCCUCCCAUCAUUGCCAAACAUGCCUGAUUUGCAGAAGUUUCAGCAGGAGUUGAAGACUUCAUUGCCUUCCAUGGAUUAUCUACCAUCCUUAUCUAAUUGGUAUAUUGUGGAACUCCUCUAUAACUGUUUGCCAGAGCGUUUUUCCAACAGCAACCACACUGACGAGUGUGUUCUGCAUAGCAUGAAGGAGGAUGUUGCAAACAUCAUAUCACCACUGAUGGUGAGGCCAAUUACGCGAUGGCCAUUCUUCGCCUUCUUGGGCGGGGCAAUGUUUUGCUUGUUAGCAAGCAGUGCUUGUCACUUGCUUUCUUGUCAUUCUGAACGCUUUUCUUACAUUAUGCUUCGAGUUGACUAUGCUGGGAUUGCUGCGCUAAUUGCAACUUCAUUUUAUCCUCUUGUCUACUAUUCCUUCAUGUGCUAUCCUGUCUUCUGCAAUCUCUACAUCGGAUUCAUUACUCUUCUAGGAAUCAGUACGAUUUUGGUUUCUCUUCUUCCUGUAUUCCAAAAGCCAGAAUAUCGUGGGUUUCGAGCAUCUCUCUUCUUCGGGAUGGGCGUAUCUGGUGUAGCGCCUAUUUUGCACAAGCUCAUCCUAUUUUGGCACCAACCCGAGGCGCUCCAUACGACAGGUUACGAAGUUUUGAUGGGGGCAUUUUAUGGCAUUGGAGCACUGGUGUAUGCCACCAGAGUUCCCGAGAGAUGGAUGCCCGGGAAGUUUGAUAUUGCAGGGCACAGCCACCAACUUUUUCAUGUUCUUGUGGUGGCCGGAGCUUACACACAUUACCGUGCAGGACUCGUUUAUCUGAGGUGGCGGGAUGUGCACGGAUGUUGAGAUUUUACAAGAGAAGAUUUUUCUUGUAAUGUAAUGGUAUGGUGGUUUGUGGCGUCGACAGUCAAUUUAGGUUGUGUACAUAAAUGCAGCGCGAAAGACUCUGCCCCUCUGUUAUGUUGUAAGCUUCUUUCAUGCCAUGCUUUGUGAUGUUCAGUCUAUAGUAUUAGAUAGUGCUAAAGAAGAAAAAAUAAAAGCUAAAAGUUCAUCUAUUGCAUCAUUCCGUCUGGCGCACCAAAUAUUUUUUCAGUGAAUAGUUAGAUUGCUUGAUGUCUAGAUGCAAUGUCAAGAAGGGAAAAGGUAUUCUCUUGUAAAACAAUGAAAUUUGUAAGAUAUGGUAUUAUAUCGGUGCCGGAGUGCCGACUUAAAUAGAUAUGUUAUCUAUUCACUCGACUAGAGGCAUAAAAUGAUCUGAUUCAGCUCU